AUGACUACCAUUGAGGAGAUGGAUGAGUUUUUCAACUUCGAGGACGCUGCACAUCCCCUUGACCAUCCGCUACCUUCUCAUCUCGACUUCGACCCUACAGGUCUAAAUCUUCCAUCCGGACCCUAUGAUAUCAAUCUCGCCUUUGCCGAGCCUGAGAAUGAUGAGAACUCGUUUACCUGCUUGCAGCACUUCUCCGCCUUGGAGGGGCAGGUCCAAAAUGAUACAGACGGUGUCAUGACGGACACGGCCAUGCUGUCUCCUCACGACUUCACCGAUUUUCCAAGAUGGAUUGAUGGAAUGGAUUUCCCUACCAAUCCAUGCUCCUAUUGUAGUCGGAUGCGUAUUCAUUGCAAGAUCAUCAAGGAAGGUCUCCGGCGAGGCUCGUGUACGAGCUGCGUUGCCCUGGCACGUUCGUGUAGCUUGACUCAUGGGCCUCGUCAGGUUGUUGAUGGCAAGGACUCACACUUGUCGGGAGACGCCACCCAGAACGACUUUCAAGACCUCAGUACUUACAGGAUGGAUGAAAGCAUGAAUGCGGAUGAGCCUCAUCCCUCGGUUGAAUUGACCCAGGGGUUCUCUCGUAGCAGAUCAAACCCCAAUCUAGUCAGUGUGAGGUCAUCCGAGGAAAACAUCAACGCGGCUGCUGGUGAAAAUCCCAAAGUUGGUGCUCGUUUCUCGAGAGACUCAAUUCGGAUUUUGAGGGCUUGGCUAUCGACUCAUCAUCGCCACCCAUACCCCACUGACGAGGAGAAGGCGAGCUUAAAGAGGGAAACAGGCCUCAGCAAGACCCAGAUCACCAAUUGGCUAGCGAAUGCUCGUCGGAGAGGCAAGGUUCGGGCACCACGAUCGACCUCCCCGAGUGUGAGCAACUAUACCAAGGCCAUGGACAUUCCUCGGCGAUCUACGCCCGCUAUGGAGCACAUGAAUCCGAUGGAGCGAUGGGAGCACUCGCCCCCUGAGAACGAACCUGCCUCCGUGACUGCUAUUGCUAAGGCGGUUACUUCCUCUACUUUCUCGUCUGGUCGAGAGAGUCCUUAUACCUCCAAUUACCACACUGACGACGGGUCGAAUCGAUCUCUUGCCAACGUGUCUUCCACGAGCAGUUUUGGCACUUCGCAUUCGAGUGGUGGCUCGUUUGCUUCGGCGUUUUCGCACAAGUCAAAGGGCUCAUUUGGUUCCUUCGGGUCGUUUGGCCAUAGAGGACGACGACGCCGUCGUCAAGCCCCCAAGGCGGUCAAAGUCCCCGUCACCAACGGUCCUGUUCGCACUUUCCAGUGUACUUUCUGUACCGAGACUUUUAAAACAAAGCAUGACUGGCAGAGGCAUGAGAAAUCCCUGCAUUUAUCACUUGAGCGCUGGGUGUGUUGCCCUGAUGGUCCGACUCAGUUUUGCUCCGACUAUGAUCACAACAGAUGUGUUUUCUGUGGCCUGCCAAACCCGCCAGCUGGACAUGCUGAGAUCCACAACUAUUCGAGUUGUGCAGAUCGGUCCUUGGAGGAGAGGACCUUUUACCGCAAGGACCACCUUCGGCAGCACUUAAAUCUGGUUCAUGACGUGAAGUUCCAGGGGUUUUCAAUGGAAUCGUGGAAAAUCGCUACGCCACAGAUCCGUUCUCGAUGCGGUUUCUGUGGCAUCGUCAUGGAUUCUUGGACUAUUCGAGUCGAUCACCUAGCAGAGCAUUUCAAGGGCGGAAAGAGUAUGGCUGACUGGAAGGGUGACUGGGGUUUCGAACCUCAAGUUUUGGAUAUAAUUGAAAAUGGAAUGCCUCCAUAUCUAAUUCACGACGAACGAAAUAGCAUGGAGCCGUAUGAAGCUUCAAAAGAUUCAGCAGCCUCGACUCGGACCCUGGAAGAUCAUAUCAAACUUGGUCUUGUUGACUAUAUCCAUGCACGGGUUCUCAAAGAAUCUAUCCCCACUGAUAAAGAUUUACUCGAGGAAGCUCAGCGAAUAGUCCGCAAGACUGAUUUAUACACAUCCGCCCCAGACAAUGAAGUGUCGUGGUUCCGGGAUCUGAUUAUGUUUUCUGGAAAGAAUUCCGAUGAGCACGUUACAAUCGGAGCCAUUCCUCAUAAGGACAUCGACUUGUCGGCUAUCUCAUGUCGCAAGGAGAGGGCAUUAAAAGCAUUCGUUAUUGGAAAACAGGCUUUGGGAUUGACCCCCACGAACUCUGAACUUCAGGUGGAAGCCUGUCGCAUUCUAGAUGAGAUUGAACCUGCAGCUAAUUUCAAGUGCAAAGGAGGUCUUGGUUGGUUCAAGUAUUUGAUAGCUGCCUCGCACAACUGGCUGUCCGAUUUCCGACGACGGGCAAAUUUACCGCGGCUCUCAGAAAUGGCUGAUGAACACAUUCGGUCGACAGAUGAUAAGAGUAUUGAUUAUAGUAUACACAACCAUCACCGGCUGGAAAACGAACUUAUUGCCUGGGUCCGCCUACAGCGAGCUCAAGGUAUCAAACCUUCCGACGAUAAUAUUCAACGCCAAGCUCGGUUGAUUGUAUACAAAACUGAUGACCCUUGGAAUCAAACUGCUUUGGAUAAUCCCGUGAUUUUACAUCUUUUCAAGCGGCAGCAGCAUCUUGCACCGGAAAAUGAAGACGGCCCCGACAUGCCACCCCUCAAAGAGUCAACAGAACACUGCCUUCCAUCGGCCCCAUCUCCCAAAACAUUGCACUUUGACCUGGAACAACUAGGCAUCAACCUUGCAUCCCCUAGCAGUGGCUCUCAUACUGGUGGCAACAGUGCCAAUGGCUCCGGCACACCAGACUUCGACAAGCCUCUUCAUACUCUCGUCCAGAACCAGCCAUCCACGAACACUAACCCAACCCAACCUCUUGGGUAUUUCCUAAACGAUGCAAACUGUUAUGGCCGCCUGGUUCGAGAGCUUUCGAGAUUUGUAACUGCCUGCAUGUCGGUCAACAGCCCGAAUCGACAUGUCCCUUCAGAUGCCGAGAUUCAAAACCAUGCUCGCUGGACCAUAUAUGAUGAUGACGAUCCUUGGAAUCAGACUGCAGCUGACAAUGCCGAAUGGCUUAUUCGAUUUAAACGAGAUGUCGGGCUUGCAGCUCCCGAGGAAGGCCCCGGUCUUCCUGUCGCAAACAGCUCCUGGCAGGUAUCACUCGGAGGAUCUGGCUUCUAUCCACCCUACCUUCACCCCAAAGAGCCACCAGCGUCGUAUGUGGAAGAUGUGUCAGUCCGGAUGGAAGACAGGGUUUACAAUAUCAAAGCCACAACCGCCCAAAAGUUUCUCAAGAGCAUGUCCACCCGCUACCAACCUCCUGCAGCUGUUUUCUGCUCACGGGAGUUGGAGACUGGUCUCAACGAGUUUAUGGUGAGCGAAAUGGUCGAUGGCAUGUUCCCGAGUGAUGAAGCACUCAAAGCGGAAGCACGCAAGAUCUUGGGGGUUGAGAACACGGCUGCAGACGAUGUGCAGCUACUGGAGAAAUUCAAGUCCAUGCAUCGUGUUCCUUCCGACACAUCUCCUGUCGAUGAUUCGAUUUCAAACUUCAACGAGGCUGAAAUGCUCGCUGAGCUUGAUCACGAACUGGCUAAGGGAAACCUGGGUAUGAGCGGCCCUGCCACACAGCGUAUUCCUUUUAAUGACUCCCACACGCCGGGGAUUCCGCAAUCACAACAGACGCAACAGGCGAUGCAUGUCGCGAAGGGAUGCGCCGACUUGUACCGAGCUCAGGGUGGGGCGAUUGGGAGGGAUUCCUUCCCGAUGACGAUGCAAGGACAACUCCCUUCUCCGCAGGUCCAUCGCUCCAAUUCCAAUCAAAAUGGCACUUCUCCUUCAAUGCCAGGCUUCCCCAGCUCGGGCAGCUUGCUAUAA